AUGCAUAUUUAUUUUUUAGUUCUUAUAUUAUUUUAUUUAUAUCAAAAAUUUAUUCUUAUGAAAAGUAUAAAGAACAUAAAGAAGAAGGGUAUUAUGUAUAUGUUUUAUAUCCCCUCUGUUGAAAAACAAAAUUGUAUCACAUAUACUUUGAAUUCCUUAAAAAAUAUUAGUCCAUUGAAAAAAAAGAAAAAGAAUUUUCUUUUAUUGAAAAAAAGAGAUAAUGAAAAAUUUUCAAUUGAUAUAUAUACAACUUUCAAUAAAAAAAGAAAAAAAAAAAAAAAAGAAAAAAAAAUAGAUCAAGACCAAUUAUUCCUUUUCCAUAUGCCUUAUGGAAAUUACAUGCAUCAUUCAAAAUUUAUUACAAAUAUUAAAAAAAAAAAAAAAUUAAUAAAUGAUAAAAGGGAAAUAAAGAACAGCUUUUUGAAUGCCAGCUCACCAGGUCAUGAUGAUGGGGAUGAAGAUCCUGAGUGUGAUCUAGAAGAGAGGAAGAAAAAGAAAAAGAAAAUAAAACAUAUGAAGAGUGAUAAUAUAAUAAAUGAUGAUAAUAUAUCGAAUGAUGGUAGUAUAUUCAAUGAUAACAGUUUAACUAAUAAUAAUAUAUCUAAUAACAAUAUAUCUGAUAACAAUAUAUCUAGUGACAAUAUAUCUGAUAACAAUAUAUCUAGUGACAAUAUAUCUGAUAACAAUAUAUCUAGUGAGAAUGCCUUAAAUAUUCUAAACAAAUAUCUGAAGAAUAAAGAUGCAUUAGAAGACAAGAACUACGAUGUAAAUAACGGAUUAAAUAAAGAACAAAUGUUAGAAGAAUAUAAUAGAUUAGUAAAAAUUAUAAAAGAUAGUGAUGAAAGAAAAAAGAAGGAGUGGACAGAAAAUGAAAAAAAGGAUAUGUAUGAAUUAAAUGAACGAGUUAUUAGUAGCUCAAGAAAAAUAAAUAUAGAUAAACUAAAAAGUGAUAUUGAAAAAAAUUUUAAAAGAGAUGAAGUGAUGGAAAAAAAAAUACAAGAUUAUAUGCAUUUAUUCAUACAAAAUGUAGAAAAGGACCGAUUUAAUGAUAUAAUGAUGAAUGAACAAGAAUCUAAAGACAAUACAAAGAAUAAACAUAAUAAUAUAAAUAAUAUAAAUAAUAUAAAUAAUAUUUAUAGUGAUCAUGUAAGUUCAUCUAAUAAUGAUAUUAUUCAAAAUAAAGAGGUAGAGAUAGAGAUAGAGAAAGAAGAAAAAAAUGAUAAUGAUCCAAAAUAUAGUGAAGAUGAUUUACAAGCUGAUGAGAAAUAUAUAAAUAAAUCUUCUAUAAAUGACAAAGAGGAAUAUAUAACAGAAGAAGAAUAUAUAACAGACGAAGAAGCACGUAUGAAUAAUGAAAUUUUAAAAGAAGUAUAUAAAGGGAACUUUAAUAAUAUUAAUAAAUUUAAAUUCAAAUAUUCAAAAAGAGAUUAUGAAAAUUUAAAAAACGGUAAGAGUGAUAAAACUGAUAUGGACAAUAUAUAUAAUAAUAAUAUUUAUUAUGAAGAAGAUAAAAUAAUAGAUGCAUUAUUAAAUAAAAUCCAUAAAGAAAAAAUACUUUACAAUCAUAUAAAUGAAAAGGAAAAAAAAUUAUUAGAUGUAUAUGAAAAGUAUAAAAAAGAAAAGAAAAUACAAAGAAAUGAAGAACUGGAGAAUUUAAAAUAUAUAAAUAAACAAAUAGAAGACAAACAAAAAAAAAUUAACACAAAUAGAUUUGACAUAAAAGAGGAUACUACAACUACAAAUACUAAAACUACUACUACUAAUGAGAGAUGUCCUAGAAAUAAUUACUAUGACAGUUAUGUGUCGCAAGAUGGUUAUAAUAAUAAUUUAAAUAACAACGAUAAAAAUGAUAUUACAAAUGAUAAUACAAAUGAUAAUACAAAUGAUAAUACAAAUGAUAAUAUUAAUAAUAAUAUUGAUAACAAUUUAAUUAUUAAUAAAAAUAUAUUUUUCAACAAAAGAAAUGAAAAGUUUAUAGAAAUAAAAGAAGAAGAUAUUAAAGAAAUGAGCGAAUUACAAGUCAAAGAUGAAUUAAGAAAAAGAGGAUAUCCAACAUUUGGAACUAUCGAUGAAAUAAAAACAAGAUUAUUAGAUGUGAUGAAAAUUAAACAGAAUAAUCAUAUGGAUAUAAGAAAUAUCUUAAAAAGACCAGAAGAUAAUGUUUUAUCACAUAUGAGAUUAGAAAAAUUAAAAGAGAAUAUUAAAACAUAUAAAGAAAAUGAACAAUAUGGUGAUACAGAAUCUAAAAUAAAACAAUUAGAUGCAUCUAUUGAAAUAUCAAAAUUUAUAGAUGAUCCUAUACAUUAUCUUCGUAUAGAUUCUACACACAAAUUUGUAAAUACAAAUAAAGAAAAAAAUAAAAAUGAUAUAAAUAAUAAUAUACAUAUGGAUACAAAUAAAAAUGAUGAAAGUAAUAAUAUCGAUAUACAAUAUGAUACUGAAAAUAAUGUUUUAAAAGAACCCAUUAUAAAUGAUUAUAAUUUUGAUAAAGAAAUAUCUAUGGCAGAAAAAAUUAAAAAAACCUUUUCAUUUGAAAAUGAAGAAAAAUUACCUGACCAAAUAAUUACAAGAUUCAAUAACAAAAAUAAUAAUAAUAAUAUUAUCAAUAAUAAUAAUAAUAAUAAUAAUAAUAAUAUAGAUAAGGAUGAUGACAUGAAUGAAUUCGAAGAAGAAACACAAGAAAAAUAUAGAGAAGAAGUUUUAAAAUAUGGAAGUUUACAAGAAACAGUAGAAGAAUUUAAUUAUAAACAUAAUUUAUCUUUAGAUUUUAUUGGAGAUUUUAUUUGUAAAUGUUCAAACGCACAUAUACAAGAUAUUAAUAAAUAUAGAUAUAAAACAAAAGAAGAAAUUGAAAAACUAAAUGAAAAUGAUUUCUAUUAUCUUUUUGAAGAUAAUAAUUUAAAUAAUAAUUUUAUUGUUUAUAAAUUUGUUAAUACAAAACAACUUAUAAAAAAUUAUCUAACUACUUCAAAUAUUGUAACACUUAUAGAAUAUGCUAAUAUAGCUGAUCCUGUUGAUAUAAUUCAUUAUUAUACACCAGAAACUUUAUAUAUGAUUAGUGACGAUUAUAAUAUAACUAUUGAUAGGGUUAUUGAUGCAUGUACCAGACUUAAUAUAAAGCUGCCAUAUGGAGGUGAUACACAUUUAAACAAGGAAUGCUUUAAUUAUCUCACUUGUUACCUUAGCAAAUACAAAAGGAUAAAAAGGAUAACAUAA